AUGGGUAAUCGUGGUAGGACUAUGAAGCCAGAUUCCGAAUUACAAGAAUCUGGUAAUGGUGGUGUUAGAGAUGGGAAUAACUCUCCAUUGGGUACUCUAUCUAAUCCAAAUUUAAAGUAUAUUAGACAAUUCUCUACGAGGUCAAGGACAAAAAGUUCUGCAAGUUUCAAAGGUUUAAACCGGUAUUACAGCAGUGAUGGUACUUUCGAUCCUGAAAUUUCAGGUAGUACGAAACAUGGCUCUUUAAAGAAAUGUAAAAGUUCAGAUAUCCUUUAUAAACGAAGAACUUGUAGUGGAUUGAAUAUGACUUCGAUAUCUGGCAAAAAGGGUCACGAAAAUACAGGCGAGAGUCGUUGGAAUACCGUCAUUGAUGGACCUCUGAGUUUUGGUGGUGGUGGCUUAAAGCCAAGAAGAGGUAAAAGUACUCAUUCAGUUCUAGAACUACAUGAUGCCGAUGAAGCAAGAGAUGAUGAUUCAACUACUGAUGAAGAAGUAGAAUACUUCACAGAGGAAGAUGAAGAGCAAGCACAAAAGCAAAAAAUGGAAUCUCAAAUGGAUAAGAGCAAUCAAUCUCAGUUAGGGAAUCCAAGAAACGAGAGAUUUCCUGAAGGUGAAAUGGUUAAGAAUAACAUCCCAGCAGAGUCCAAGCUGCUGAGGAAGGAUUCUGAUGUUCUAGCGGAAACAAACAAUGACGCACCAUUGUUGAGAGAUAGAAAUAGAGAUAAUUCAAACACUAAAUUAACAAAUCAAUUAAGUUACAAACCUCCAUCUCAUAUGAUAAAACCUUCUAACUCAAGAAGUAGUGAUUUCAAUAAAAGUGCUUCAAGUCAGGAUAUCAAGGCAAAUGAUAAUGAUGAAAACUUUAUUAACAAUGAUGAGAUCAAUGAUGAUGAUAUCAUAGAUGAUGAUAUCAUAGACGAUGUUGGAGAAGAUCACAUCGAUGCAGUAACGUCUCCAAGUGACCUAAUAGAGACUGAAGCACAUAGUUUAAAAAGACAAGGCAAACAUAGUUCCCAAUUGAAUGCUUUACAAAAGGAAAAUAACAAAGUUGAAGUAGUGGAUGAAAAUAUAAUUAGUAACGAGCAUUAUGUAAAGCCAGAAGAUGGCCAUACUGAUCAAUAUGUCCCUGAUAUGAUACUCUCACAAUCAACAGGAGUAGAAAGACAUUUUGAAAACCAAUUAUCAAUGUCGAAUACAUUAGGUGCAAACGAUUAUAAUCAAAUAAAUGAACAAGGGGAAAUACCUAAAGAAGUUUUAAUGAAAAUGGAAAAUAGAGAGAGUAUGAAAAAGAAUAAUGGAGCUAAUGAAUUGCAAUUCAAUACUAUUAGAGAACAGCAAAAUCAAAAUUUACAAAGUUCAAGGCCAAAGUCAAAUUCCAAUUUCUCAAAUUCAAUUUCAAGUUUGACAAAUAAUUUACAAAGAGGUACACCUGAGGGAUAUUAUGGAGGAUCUAAAUUCAACAAAUCAUCUAUGAAGAGUGCAUCACAGAAUUCACUAGAAGCUCAUAAUGAGAGGGUUCCAUCGAAACAUAAUGAAAGCUUACUAUCUCAAGCACCGCAAACAAGACAAAAUAAUACAUCUUUAAAUAAUUUUGCACAAUUUUUGAAAUCAGAUGGCAUGGAUGGCGAUUCUAGGACACAGAGAAAAUUAUGGUUGCAAAGAGAAAACUCGAUUAUGGAUUUAAAUUUACAAAAUGAUCAUAGUCAUGCAGUAUUCAUGGCUAGUAACAUUGAAGUUAAAAGAGAAUUUGAAAGGAUAUCACAUGAAUAUACGAGUGUUCGUAGGUUUUAUAAUCCAAUCCGAGAAGCAUUAACAAGAGUUUCUUCAACUCAAAGACACCAUUACAAUAAUGGGUCUCAUUCCCAAAGUUUGAAUGCAGAUUUAGGAGAAAUACUAUUUUCCAAUUAUGGAGAACAGACGAAAUCAGUUAACGAAUUGACGAAUUCCUCUACUCAAGCAAAACUAAACAGAGUUUUAGCAAACAUUUGGAAAGAAGAGACCGCGAAUUUCAAUAAAGACACUAAUCCAUUGGCCAAGAAUAAAUUAGCUUCAUCUGGUCAUCAUAUGAAAAAUGCACAGCCUGCUCGUCAUUCAUUAAGAGGAGUGAUAGGAUCCGGAACAGGAUUACAUCAUCAACGAACAAUAAACUCAUUCCAACCUACAACGAGAGCUGUUCAUCGUAGAAUGGAAAAUAAUAUGAAUGCACAGCAACAGCAGCAACAACAACAUCAACAAGUACAGUCACAUCAGAGAUAA